AUGAGGAGAUCGAAAUUGAAAAAGAAGCGAACAAAGCACAACCAGAGCAGUACCAGACAGGUUCUGUUGCUCCUAGGAUGUGUCUUGUUUGCCAUGGCAAGUUGUGGAUACCGGUACCGCCAUCAUUUGGAUGCCUUUCUCCAAAACGCGCGCAAACCUACCCAACAAGCCGCCAAUGAGGAAAUGGGCAAACCAAAGAAAGAUGGUGAGGAAGGUAAACAGGUGAAAUUGGAGGAAAAGGACAAAGAUGAGCAUUUGAAGGAAAAUGUCACAGCUGAUGCACUGCCCCACAAACUUUACAUUCCCAACGCAACCAUCAUCUCGCUGAGUCUUCCAAGCACGAACCAACCUGUUCUUCCUCGGUACUUUGGCUGUGGAGGACGUCCUCCCAGCAAGUUUGGGCGCUACUGCACCAACCUAACUCGAGAUUCCAAAUUGCGCCAACCGAUUGGCAAAUGCAUGCUCGAGAAUCUCCAAGGUCACAAACCCAUUAUGCAAGAUUGUGGCGACUACAAUAUCUGGCAAGACUUGGCAUGGUUUGAAUCUCGUUCACCCUUCAGGCGUUUCAUUACAACUGAGCUCUGCUUUGAUCCGGUCCUGCAUCCAGGUGCGCUGGAGGCAUUGUAUGAGGCAAUGCCCAAUGGAAUAAUUAUCAACAUGAUACAACAACCUAAAAAAUGGUUCCAAAGACUCCCCUAUGACAUUCAUGAACGGUGGUCCACAUGGUGCAACCUUAAAACCCAUCUCAUGGUGGCAGGUUUCCUACUGAACACAAACUUGACCACUACAUGA